AUGUGCGACUCACCUGCCACUAGAUCUUCCUUCAGCCAGAAUGAAGCCAUCUGCAGAACUUUGACUUCUGGUGCAACAUGUGGCAAUUCAGGAACUCAGAUAGAUCCUGCGAAUGAAUAUUCAUGUUGUGAUUCUACACUAGAGGUCAGCAAUAUUGCAGAAGGUUCUAGUAGCCCUGGUUCAAGUAUUAACUGCACAACAUUUUAUCCUUACAGAAUCCAGCUUGAGAAGGAUGUUCAAAGGUUACAACAGCAGUUGCAAGCGGAGCUUGAAAUGCAUUUGAUACUGGAAAAUGCUAUUGAGGAAAGCUCAGUGAAAUUUUCUUGUAGAUCAUGCCUUCCACAUCAAGUUCAGGAGCUUCUCUCCACUAUUGCCAUACUGGAAGUUACAGUUACUGAACUUGAACAAAAAAUUGUCUCAUUACAUUUCCAGCUUAGUCAAGAGAGAAACGAGCGACGGCUUGCCGAAUAUCAACUGAGGCACAAAUCACUGCCAUCAGUUUCUGAUUGCUCCUCUGACUAUAAUAAAAAAAUGAUUCCUUCUGUGAGAUGUUCCAAGCAUUCUGAUUCCGAACUUCCUAACUUGGAUGGAGAUGUCUUCUCCCAAGACAGAGUCCUGGGGCCUACCAUUGCUAUGGAAACUUCUUGUUCAUAUGUUAUCCCUGAGGAUACGCUCAGAGUAACUUCGUCUUUGGAGAACAAAAAAGUAGUUCCAAAGAAAGGUGCCAAACUGGGUCAGCAUCUACAGCCAAAGCUUUCAAAGGGAACACCAUUGAUUGGUCUCUGGGGUCACCCUAAUAAACUUUCUGAGGAGAUGGUUAGGUGUAUGAACAAUAUAUUCAUCUCCCUAUCAGAUGCUGCUAUAACAUCCAUGUCAUCUACAUUGUAUAGUCAAUCUUCAUCUGUUUCUCCUCGAGGGCAUCUUUCUAAUUCAUCAUGGUGGUCAUCGUCCGAGCGCUCGAUAUUAUCAUCAUUGGUCCAGAGCCCCCAAGUCGAUAUCCAGAAUAACAGUGAAGUGUUGUCUCCUGAGAAUGUGUUUGAUCCCUAUAGAGUGCGGGGUAAAUUAAGCUGGGCUGACAUUGGCAACUAUGCCUUAGCAACUGAAGUUUCCUGGAUGUCAGUUGGAAAGAAACAAUUGGAAUAUGCCUCGGGUGCAUUGAAGAAGUUCAGAACACUCGUUGAACAACUGGCCAAACUUAACCCUAUUCACUUGAGCUGCAAUGAGAAGCUUGCAUUCUGGAUCAACUUGUACAAUGCACUAAUCAUGCAUGCAUACUUGGCUUAUGGAGUCCCUAGAAGUGACCUCAAGUUGUUCUCUUUAAUGCAAAAGGCUGCUUACACUGUCGGAGGCCAUUCUUUCAGUGCAGCUGCCAUUGAGUACGCGAUUCUGAAGAUGAAACCUCCUCUCCACAGACCACAAAUUGCUUUGCUUCUCGCUCUUCACAAAUUGAAGGUGUCAGAGGAACAGCGGAAGUGUGCAGUCGAUGCACACGAGCCGCUUGUAGCAUUUGCACUCAGCUGUGGAAUGUAUUCAUCUCCUGCGGUAAGAGUUUACACAGCAGAGAACGUAAGAGAAGAGCUCGAAGAAGCUCAGCACGAUUUCAUCAGGGCCAGUGUUGGAGUCAGCAGCAGAGGGAAGCUGUUGGUGCCUAAGCUGGUGCACUGCUUUGCUAAAAGCUUUGUGGAUGAUUCCAAGUUGGCCGUGUGGAUAUCUCAUUACCUGCCGCCGAACCAGGCAGCAUUCGUUGAGCAGUGCAUUUCGCAGAGGCGGCAAAGCCUGCUGGCUUCCAGGAACUGUGGGAUCAUGCCUUUCGAUUCUCGGUUCCGGUACCUGUUCUUUCCUGGUAAGGCUUGA